AGAACAAACACACACUACAGCACAAAAACGGCACCAGGAUUGUGUUUCACCCACACACACACAUAAUCCCGAAGAGAGAGAGAGAGGUCUGGGUGUGUAUCUUUUGGAAUAUGAUGAAAUACAGAAAGGAUCGAUGGUAAUCUGAUUAUUGUUUCUCCCCCCUCCUUUCUUAUCAUCACAGCAUUCCGGCAGCUGCUCGAUCUCCUUGCCAAAAUUGAACAACGCCGAAACACUUCAUUUAGACAGUUCAGGAGAAUUCUCUCGGGUGAAAAGGCACCGCUUAUUGCGAUACACAAGAAAGCAUAUAUAGAGACAUACAGAAAUUCUUUUUAACAAGUCUUGCUUCACAACUCAACAAAAAGCUAACCACCAAGUACUUCUCGCAAAAAUGAGCAUCAGAUUGGAGGAUGAGAAAGCAUCUUUGAUGGCAGACGUUGAUGGUAAAUCACAAUUACCCAUCGCCUAUGAGCCAACGGAGAAGGAACGUAUUGGUUGCCAAUCUAAAAGCAAAUGCGCUGCUCGUCAUAUUGUUCGCUUGUCUUGCACACUCAUUGCUAUUUGCGGUCUAGUCUUCUUCAUGAAAGAUUACUCUCCUUUAUCAAAAAUUAUUGGAAAAGAAGCACACAACCCAUUACGCUACUAUCCCGGCAACAACAAACAUGCAGCUGGAUUGCCAAUCCCAAGCUCGAUCCCAACUGCACUUCCAAAACCUCCUUCUCCACCAAAACUUCCUCACCCACCACAUUUGCCCGAUCAUAUUCCUCAUCCUCCUCAUCAUCGUCCGCAUGGGCCACCAUUGCCUGUACCGAUCGAAUGUUUGGAUAUCAGUGAUGCAAAAGCUUCGGUCAAUUUGAGCUUAACAUUGGAACGUCCUUGGUCUGCAAUUCAUUUGGAUCACUCAUUAGAACAAGCAACGAUCAAUAUUCAACAUGAAGUAUCAAGUGGACCAGCAGAAGAACAUCACCAUCCUCAUGGUCCACCACCACCACCUCCUCGUCAUCCCCAUGGCCCACCUCCACCACCUCAUCAUCACCCUCAUGGUCCACAUCCACCGGGCAAGUCAGAAACAGUUAUGGUCACCGUCAGUCGUACUGCCGAGAAAGCAAGACAAACUCCUCUAGUAACAGCAGACAGUUUUGCCGAUGAUGAAAAGAAGGAAAAGAAAGACAAGAAGGUGUACGUAUGCACACUCAAAUUACCAUUUGCCGGCACUGGUCUUGGUUUAUUCCACCACAAGCCACCACACAAAAAACAUGAAGGACCACCGGAAGAACCUGUUCCACCACCACCUUCAGCAGCAAAAGAAGAAGAGCCUAAAGAUCCUCAUCAUCCAGUUGAACCAAAUUUCCCUGCUGUUUCAUUGGCUUUCCGUUUCCCGGCAGGAG